CAUCUAUAAAAAAGUAAACGCAACGCUUGUCAAAGUUAAAAACAAAACAUGCAGUGAUUAUUGUUGAUUACAUUUGUUUCCGGAAUUAGCAUGCAAGAAUAUUUAUAGAAGGGGAGUGACCGUUUAACAAUAAAAUGUCAAUGGAUUGAGGAGUUAGUACCUGGAAAGACUUAGGAUCAUAAGAAAAUCAUUACUUACCUGACCACACAUAUUUUAGUCUAGUUAAAUCUAUAUAUACAUAUAUUAUAUAUAUACAUAAUCCUGAAAUGCGUAUUUCAUCAGUGAACAAUUGUAAAAGUGACUUAUCCGAGUAUGCUGCAUCGAUGAUUUCUCCAAAAGACAAUAAUCGCAAAAAUAUUAUUAAUAUUUGUUAUUAUUUUAAUAAUACUAAUAACAGUGUAAGAUGUAAUAAUAUAUUUGAGUACUAUUAUCAAGAAAAUGUCAUUGCCAUGGCUGUUAUUUAACGUGAUUUUCUCACGUGAAUUAUCGUCGAUGGAUAUCUCCUUAAAACGCUGUCCGUACUCUCGAAUUGCUUUUGAUUAAAGAUGGAGGAAAGUAACACCGAUAAAUUCAUAUCGAGAAGACGCUCGGUUACAUUGAAGCCUCUUAAGGUUAAAGACGAGAGAGUUGCUACUUUGAAAAAGGUAUCCGCAAUUCUAAAUAAAUCUGAAGUGAAUAGAACACCAGAAGAACUUGAACUAUUGUCUUCCUGCGGUGAUAUUGUCAAGGAGGUUAAUUUAAGACAAAAAAAAAGAGAUAAAGUAAAAGCAAGAUUAGAAGAAGUGGAAGACCCUCCAGAUAUCUUAGAAGAAAAAUGUAUGAGAUUAGCAGCAGCAAUCAGCAGAGCAACAACCCUGACAGUUUACACCGGCGCUGGAAUAAGUACAGCCGCUUCAAUUCCCGACUACCGAGGCACAAAUGGUGUCUGGACGCGUAUGCAGCAGGGUAAAGAUAUCGGGAACCAUGAUCUCAGCCAAGCGGAGCCUACAGUCACUCACAUGGCUCUGUAUGCCCUCUACAAAGCAAACAUCCUCAAAUACAUAGUCUCACAAAACUGCGACGGGCUUCAUCUACGCAGCGGAAUCCCACGAAGCUCAUUAUCCGAGGUUCAUGGGAACAUGUACGUAGAGGUAUGUCGUAACUGCAAGCCGUCACGAGAGUACUGGCGACUGUUCGACGUGACGGAAAAAACCGCGAGGUAUUCACACGGGACCGGGAGAAUGUGUCACAAAUGCAGCUCGGUGCUUCAAGAUUCGAUAGUGCAUUUCGGGGAAAGAGGUAAUUUACCUUUUCCGAUAAACUGGAAUGGUGCUAGUCGGGCAUCGAAACAAGCCGACGUAAUUCUCUGUUUGGGUUCAAGUCUCAAAGUACUGAAGAAGUACCCGUGGUUGUGGCAAAUGGACAGGCCAGUACACAAACGCGGCUCACUGUACAUUGUAAAUCUUCAGUGGACUCCUAAAGACGAGAGUGCUACGCUUAAAAUAAACGGACGGUGUGACGAUGUAAUGACGAGAGUUAUGAACCAUUUAGGAUUAGAAAUUCCACAAUACAAUAGGUCAAAAGAUCCAAUCUUUUACCACGCGAUAAGACUGCAGCCCAGUGAGCUUACCACGACUACUCAGCCGUGCUUAGAAGAGCCUUCAGUAGCUUUAAGUUGUAGAGAUAAGUUGAAAUUAAAUUCUCUGAGUGAGGACGUUGACGAAAGUUUGGAUGUCACUGACAAUUUGGAUGAGAUUAAAAUAAAACAACAAGAUGAAACAAUACCAAAAACGGAAGAAGACUGCACAACCCCUUCCCCUAUCGAGCUCGCCGAACAAUUAACCGCCUACUCGGCUCCAUUUUUCACCGCACUACCAUUCCUUUCUAUGGGCUUGCCAUUUCCUCCCAUGUUUUUUUACCCGCAAAUGACGCCCUUGCUGUACUAUCCGCUGAUACAGUCGCCCGCGAUCAAGCAGGACAGGAACCUGAUUAAGGAGCCUGAUCCCAAACCUGCCUGUGGGUUUUGUAUGGAGAAUGAGGGCUCGCCUGUUUGCUUGUUCUAUCAGCUUGAUGCUAAGCAAACUGACCAAGCUAGUGAGGUUGUUGGUAUGGAAGCUGAGAAUGAAAGCAAUAUUGAAGCUACUGAGGUUGAAGACGAGACUGCUUCUACUCCCACGGCUACUGCCAAGAACCCCGGAUGGUUCGGCAAGGGAUACCGCAAGGGAUUUCGCAAGAAGCGGUAGCAUCAGCUUAUCUCGGGAACGUGAUUGAUAUUUCACGCUCAACUUAUCGUAGACAGCAUGAAUAUCAAACGAGGAAUAACUCCCUUAAGUAAUCUCCUUAUUAAGAAAUCUAAGGUCCUGGGAACCUGCUCUGAGGAUAUCAUCAUUAUUUUAUUAUAUUAUCAAACUCAUCUUUAUUUUAUCGCGGAUUU